AUGCACGUCUCAGAGAAACUUUCCCAAAAUGAGGCUGCCGGUAGAAUCGGUAUCUCAUUCGAGUUCUUUCCUCCCAAGACAGCCCAAGGUGUGCAGAAUUUGUACGACAGAAUGGACCGUAUGCACGGCUUGGGCCCCUCCUUCAUCGAUGUCACUUGGGGUGCUGGUGGACGACUGUCGGAUUUGACCUGUGAGAUGGUCAAUGUUGCGCAGUCAGUCUACGGUUUGGAAACAUGUAUGCACCUCACCUGCACAGAUAUGGCUCAGGAGAAGGUCGAUGAUGCGCUCCAGGCCGCCUACAAGGCGGGCUGCACCAACAUUCUCGCCCUGCGCGGUGACCCACCCCGUGAAAAGGAGGUAUGGGAAGCCACAGACGAUGGUUUUCGGUACGCAAAGGACCUGGUCAAGUACAUCCGGGAGAAAUAUGGGAACCACUUCUGCAUUGGCGUUGGAGGCUACCCCGAAGGCGCCGAUGACAACUCUGAUGUGGAUCUUUUGAUCGACCAUCUCAAAGAGAAGGUCGAUGCUGGUAGCACUUUUGUUGUCACCCAGAUGUUCUACAAUACAGAAAACUUCAUCCAGUGGGUCCAGAAAUGCCGUGCCAAGGGUAUCACCGUGCCCAUUAUUCCCGGAAUCAUGCCUAUCCAGACAUACGCUGCCUUCAUUCGACGGGCGAACUGGACAAAGACUCAGAUUCCUCCCGACUGGCUUGAGGCUUUGGAACCGGUGAAAAAUGAUGAUGCUGCCGUGAAGCAAAUUGGUAAACGUCUAAUCGCAGACAUGUGUAGGAGAUUAAUUGAUUCUGGCAUCAAACACCUGCACUUCUAUACAAUGAACCUCGCACAAUCGACGCAGCUCGUCCUUGAAGACCUACAACUCAUGCCAACAGCCGAAACCCCUAUCCCCCGGCCUUUGCCUUGGAGGCCUUCUCUUGGUCUAAACCGGAGAGAAGAGGAUGUCCGUCCCAUCUUCUGGCGGAACCGAAAUUCAUCGUACAUUGCCCGGACUCAGAUCUGGGACGAAUUCCCCAACGGCCGCUGGACAGACUCUAGGUCACCAGCGUUUGGUGAGUUGGAUGCCUAUGGUGUAGGAAUUAAGGGCACCAACGAGCAGAACAUCAAAUUAUGGGGCGAGCCAAAGUCUAUUCGUGAUCUUGCAGAAGUAUUCGUCCGUUUCCUGGAAGGCCAGCUCGACCGACUUCCUUGGAGUGACUCUCCUAUCACUCCUGAGACAAAUGCCAUCAAGGAUCCACUGGUUGAACUCAACAAGGGAGGAUUUUUGACUAUCAAUUCCCAACCCGCAGUGAAUGGUGUGAAGUCUUCUCACCCUAUAUAUGGAUGGGGCCCAAAGAACGGUUUCGUCUACCAGAAGGCGUACCUUGAGCUCCUCAUCCCUGCCUACUUGAUUGACGACUUGAUCUCUCGAAUCGAAGCAAAUGAGGACCUGACCUAUCACGCUGUGACAAAAUACGGGGAAUUGCGGACAAACACCCGUGAUAGCCCCAAUGCUUUGACAUGGGGUAUCUUUGCUGGACGCGAGGUUGUACAACCAACAAUUGUAGAAACUGUCAGUUUCCUGGCCUGGAAGGAUGAGGCAUACCAGCUCGGCGAGGAUUGGGCCAAGUGUCAUGAUAGCGCAAGCUCAAGCCGGAAGUUGCUCCAGAGUGUAAUGGACUCGUGGUACCUCGUCAACAUUGUUAACAACGACUUCCACAACACCUAUGACCUCUUUGAAUUGUUCAAGGGCCUGAAUGUCAAGGACAUCGAUGUUGAGUUCCCAGGCGAAAUCUCUGAACCGAAGGUUCAGAAUGGAACGACGAACGGCACCACUAACGGCGCCACUAACGGGACUACACCAGCGCAGCCCGUAAAGAACUAG